AUGGUAAGGGUUUUCACUCCUGAGCAGGUUAUUCAAGCAGCGGCAGGGACACAUCCUUUCACAUGCGAUUACAUUCAUGAUGGCCCAUGCCUUGUCCACUGGAUAAAAGUUUUCAUAAAAGCUUUCAAAUUUGCUAUGAAGUUUUAUUUCCCUCUCCACUUCAUCCCGGUCCUUAUACGAUACAAAUCGCUCCUCAGCAAGCCAGUCUCUGUCGUUCGAGGUGCAGGAAAGCAAUGUCUGACUCCCCCCCCCCCCUCCCGUGAGCGAACAAAACCAUUAGAAAAAUCGCCAUUUUUUGACCAAAAAACCCACCCUCCGUGAGUGAACAAAAAUUUUUUUAAUAGAAAAAAUUUUAAUGGAAAAAAAUUUUGAUAUAUAAGUGAUAAUUAGUAUAAUGAAAUCUAGAGCUAAUUCUGUUUAAUUUUAAACAAAUUGCGUUUUAAAAACAUAAAUUUUGCAAAUUAAAUUAAUAUUUGCUUCCCAAUUUUUGCAAAUUAGGAUUUUUUUUAAAUUUCGAAAAAAAAAUUUUUUUAUAAAAUUUAUAUAUAAAUUUUUUUUAAAAAAAAAAAUUAACCCCCCUCCGUGAGCGAACAAAAUUUUUUUGUUCGCUCACGGAGGGGGGGGGGGGGGAGUGAGAUCAACUCUCCUACUAACCAUGAUGGUUUUUAUUAGCAAGGUUACUAUUUGUGUUUAUCUUACUCCCCCCUGAUCGAACAAAACUAUUGGAAAAUCCCUAUUUUUUGCCCAAAAACCCAACCUCCGUGAGCUAACAAAAAUUUUUUUUUCCUCUCAAUUUUUACAUGGAAUUUUUUUAAAUUUCAAAAAAAAAAUAUAAAAUUUAUAUAUAAUUAUUUUUUUAAAAAAUUAACCCCGCUCUGUGCGCUAACAAAAUAUUUUUGUUCGCUCACGGAGGGGUAUUUAAGUACAUCCCAAUAAUUAGCAUGAAGCUUCUGGUGCUCGUAGCUUCAUUGUGUGUGACUGCUACAUUUAUUGAAUCACCAGCAAGAGUAAGUGAGCUAGCACUUUACGUUAUGCCAAGGUUCUUGGACGCUUUGUGGAAGUUCUUUAAGAGAAGAGGACUUGUCGUCCCAAUUCCUGCAGCACAUACAUUCAUGUUCUCAGCCUCCAUGGCUGCAAUUAUGUAUUGUAGUAAGUAUGAGCCAGAGCAUCUCAAACCGACUUAUAGAAAACUCGCUGACAAGUUCUUUGGAGAAAAUUAA